UUUUCUGUCGAAAGGAGUCAAAUUGACCCUCUCCGUUUCGCGUUUGAAAUUUCAUCGUCUGGCACUGUGACUCGGAUGAUUUCUCACUUCAACGGAUAUAUGAGAUUCGCGGCAGAGACCACAAAGGGUUGCUUUUUCUGUGGUUGCACGAAAAGCCAAUGCGCAGAGUGAACAUGCUACCCUUCAACUCUCUGGGUACCAGUGCACGCCCAGAUAACACCGGAAUGGACAUCACCAGUCGCUGCACCCUCGGUGACCCCAAUAAACUGCCAGAGGGGGUCCCCCAGCCCGCGCGGAUGCCCUAUGUGUCUGACAAGCACCCACGUCAGACACUGGAGGUCAUCAACCUCCUCCGCAAGCACAGAGAGCUAUGCGACGUCGUGCUAGUGGUCGGCGCUAAGAAGAUCUACGCACACCGGGUCAUCCUCUCGGCCUGCAGCCCCUACUUCCGGGCCAUGUUCACCGGGGAGCUGGCCGAGAGUAGGCAGACGGAGGUCGUCAUUCGGGACAUUGACGAGCGAGCCAUGGAGCUGCUCAUCGACUUUGCCUACACGUCACAGGUGACGGUGGAGGAGGGCAACGUGCAGACCCUUCUGCCGGCCGCGUGUUUGCUGCAGCUCGCGGAGAUCCAGGAAGCCUGCUGUGAGUUCCUGAAGAGGCAGCUGGACCCCUCCAACUGCCUCGGCAUCCGCGCCUUCGCAGACACGCACUCCUGCCGCGAACUGCUGCGCAUCGCUGACAAGUUUACCCAACACAACUUCCAGGAGGUUAUGGAAAGUGAGGAGUUCAUGCUACUGCCAGCCAAUCAGCUCAUAGACAUUAUCUCCAGCGAUGAGCUGAAUGUUCGCAGUGAGGAGCAAGUGUUUAACGCCGUCAUGGCUUGGGUCAAAUACAGCAUCCAGGAGCGACGACCGCAGCUGCCACAGGUUCUCCAACAUGUGCGUCUCCCUCUCCUCAGUCCCAAGUUCUUGGUUGGAACAGUGGGCUCAGACCCUCUCAUUAAGAGUGACGAGGAAUGCAGAGAUUUGGUGGAUGAAGCUAAGAACUACCUCCUGUUGCCUCAAGAGCGUCCUCUCAUGCAGGGGCCUCGCACACGGCCCCGCAAACCCAUACGAUGUGGGGAAGUGCUGUUUGCAGUGGGUGGUUGGUGCAGUGGGGACGCCAUCUCGAGUGUGGAGCGUUACGACCCGCAGACACACGAGUGGCGCAUGGUGGCGUCCAUGAGCAAGCGGCGUUGUGGGGUUGGGGUCAGCGUUCUGGACGACCUCCUCUACGCAGUCGGAGGCCAUGAUGGGUCCUCAUACCUAAACAGUGUGGAAAGGUAUGACCCCAAGACAAACCAGUGGAGUAGUGAUGUAGCCCCUACAAGUACUUGCAGAACCAGUGUGGGUGUAGCAGUGCUGGGAGGCUACCUGUAUGCUGUCGGAGGUCAAGAUGGAGUUUCUUGUCUCAAUAUUGUGGAGAGAUAUGAUCCCAAGGAGAACAAGUGGACACGAGUGGCGUCUAUGAGCACCCGGCGACUAGGGGUAGCAGUCGCCGUGCUGGGGGGUUUCCUGUAUGCAGUAGGAGGGUCCGAUGGAACGUCUCCCCUCAAUACAGUGGAGCGCUACAACCCCCAAGAGAACAGAUGGCACACAGUUGCCCCCAUGGGCACCAGGCGGAAACACCUCGGCUGUGCCGUAUACCAGGACAUGAUCUACUCGGUCGGCGGCCGGGACGAUACCACAGAGUUAAGCAGCGCUGAGCGCUACAACCCCAGAACCAAUCAGUGGUCGGCUGUCGUAGCCAUGACAUCUAGGAGAAGUGGGGUGGGUCUAGCAGUUGUGAAUGGGCAGUUAAUGGCAGUAGGAGGCUUUGAUGGCGCAACAUACCUGAAAACAAUAGAAGUGUAUGAUCCAGAUGCAAACACAUGGAGGCUCUAUGGUGGAAUGAAUUACCGAAGACUGGGAGGAGGUGUCGGAGUUAUCAAGAUGACGCACUGUGAAUCCCACAUAUGGUAACACUCCUACACUGAGUUCACUGGUGCCUCACCAUAGCUUGUGCCUCCCAUAGACAUUGUGCUUCAUGCAAAAGGAUAUGAUUCAAGACUCCAAUGCAAGACUCUGAUGCAUCUUGGGCCACUCCGAUGGCAAGCCAAGGUGUCAACCCCCUGUUUGACGCCACCUGAGCUGUGUCGUAUUGGCUGCUCCAUGACUGUUGUUUUGGUUCCAGCGUUUUGCUCACGUACCCCACCAGACUGCCACCCCAAAGCAACUGACGUUACCCACCCACCCACCAACCCCAGAGAGGAGCAGAUGUGUAUGCAAGCUAUAGCCGCUGUGCAGCAUUGAUGACUGCAGAGACUUCAGCCUUCUGUUUGUUCAAAAACAUGAGAAACUUUUGAGUGGAUACAGUUUAGCCUUUCUUCAAAGUCUGAAAUAUCGUAUUUUCUUUUCUGGCUUAAGUUGGAGAAAAAGCGGCUGAGGGGAGCUGAUCCUGGACAUGCUAUAAGAGACGGUAGUCGGGUCACCACUGUCCUCUGACAAAAGCUGACCCUUCAGUCAUUAAUCUAGUAGGACCUUGAGAAAGGGGUAACGUAGGGUACGAAUGCAAUCCCCCCCACCCCCACCCCAAGUGCAGAUGGAGCGUUUUUACCUCCACCAAGGACGUUACGUUUUCGGUAGCGUUGGUUUGUCUGUCUUUCUGUUUGUCUGUUUGUUUGUCUGUCAGCAGCAAGAUGACAAAGAAAGCUAUGAACGGAUAUGGCUGAAAUUUUGUGGAGUUGUUAGAAAUGACAAAAGGAACAAGUGAUUUUAAAUUUUGGUGGUGAUCCAAAUCACGAUAUGGAUCCAGGAGUUUUUGUUAAAGAUUAAUGGCAACAACGGGUAAUGGGAAGUAAAUUAAAUGGUCAGUAAAAUAGUUCGACCUGAUGCACCAUCAAGCGUUUAAGUUUAAAAAAUGGCAUAAACUACACCCCUUUACAAACACCUAAUCCCAUCACCAUAAAAAUCUAUAUAUUCAGUUUAACUCAUUGUGUCCUGGAAACACAUAUACGGGUUUUUCAGGAUUUUGAGAUAUUAGCCGUUUUAUUAACUAUGUGGGUAUGUUAGAGCUGAAUGAACACAUUAAAAUGCAAGGUGAGGGUCUUGGCUUUUAAAUGUAACUCAUUUCAUGUUUGUAUGUGCUUCGGAGGCAGAAAUAUUUAGGAUUUAAUAGGAAGAGGGCACCCUUUCCAAAAAAGGGCUUAGGACAAACUGGGUUAAAAAGGCAGUUGUCUUUCCGUGUGGAUAUAUGAAUGGGCCUGAAGGGCAUAGGGGGCACAGAUCCCAAGUGGACAGGACAAACUGAAACUUCACCCACAUGCACUUCCUAUAGGUGUCUGCCAAGCUACUACACAAGUUGGUCUAGUGUAUAUGUCAGGGGAAUAGGUGCUUGGGGUGUACAGGGCCACUUAUUAUUUUCCGUAAGUAUAUAAGAAGUUUUUCCCUUAGAAUGUAUUAUUUCUACUACACUCAUCUAUUACAUGAAAAUGUGUAAAUUCUCUAGAUGUUAGGCGUAAAUGCAAAACAGGACAGUUAUUUUAUAAAGACAUUCUAGAUGCCAUUAGGUUGAUCAAAGGGGGCGCCGGUUAUGAAUUAUUUAAAGAAAAAAAAGGACGCAUUAGGGUUAACUAUUUUCUUGACCAUUUUACCUAAUUUCUAUAAUUUGUUGGGUUUAAUUUGAUAUCAAUCAUGAUGUGUUUACAUAUAAGGAAAUCUAACUGGUUUUCUAUGGGCAUGGCUAGUUAUGUCGUUGAAAAAGGCUAAAGGGUGCCAGAGCCUAUCAGAUUAUUU